UAGACCUCUACAGAUCAUCAACUGAAGAGAUGGGUGGGAUCAUAGGCUCUGAAAGCAGGGAGGUGAGAAUUGGUCACUCUCUGAGUGAAGCUGAACAGCAGUAUUUGGCCAAGAGGAGAGAGACUGUUCUACAGUGCCUGAAGCAGCACAAUAUACUCUGCAGUAAGGAUGAGGUGCCUAACAUCGCAGUGCUGGGCUCUGGUGGUGGUUUGAGAGCUAUGGUUGGACUGCUGGGAUCACUGAGUCAGCUGAAAGAAGAUGCACUGCUGGACUGCAUCAUGUACCUGAGUGGAAUUUCAGGAUCUACCUGGUGCAUGGCGUCGUUAUAUAAAGAACCAGACUGGUCCACCAACCUGAAGACUGUGAAACAUAACAUCACCCAAAGGCUUGCUGAAGGCAGUGUCAGAUGGUGGGAGAUGGGUCACAAACUGGUGAAAUACUAUUCAGAAAAACACAACUUCAGUCUGACUGAUGUGUGGGCAGCACUGAUUGUGUCUAAAAUGGUGAAAGAGAUAGAUGAACACACACUCUCAGAGCAGAGGGGCAAGCACACCAAUGACCCGUACCCCAUUUACAGCGUGAUUGAUAAGCAGUGUAAAUAUGAUAGACUGAAUACAGAUGUUUGGUUUGAGAUCACUCCGGAUGAGUCUGGUUAUUCUCUCACUGGAGCCUUUGUGGAUUCCCACUAUUUGGGAAGUCAGUUUAAGAAUGGAGAGAAGAAGAACGACCAGCCUGAGAGCGACAUGCUGUACCUACAAGGCCUGUGUGCCAGCAUGCUGGCUGAUAUGGAAGAGAUUCUUAAGGCACUAUACCACCUGAUCAUGAAAAUUCAAGAAACCAUUCAAGAAAAUCCUACAUUACAACCUCCAGCUGCACAGAAAGGUUGCCAGGUGCUCUUAGCACUUCUGGAACUGAACCUACAUCACUUGAGAAAGGAGGACACUGAAGGUCACGUUGAAACCAUAAAUGAGCUCCUGAAAGAAAUGGAAGAAACCAACCAAGAAAAUCCUACAUCACAAACACCAGCCAUGGAGAAAGGUUUCCAGGAGCUUUUAAGGCUUGUGGAACUGAAUCUUCAUCACUUGAGAAAGGAGGAUACUGAAGGUCACCUUGAAGACAUCAAUGAGAGAGGAAGCAGUGGGACCAGUAGUCCUGAAAACCAGAUGACAUCAGGAGGGACUGUCUCUGAGACAGACACUGUCACUCUGCCUGUUCACAGUUCUUUCUUAGACAUGUUGGAAGGACAGAAUUUUUGGGACAAGAUUUGGAUCACCAUUAUUAGGUCCAUAGAGGAAGUUCUGCACUGGAUCUGGGGAAAGACAUACAACUUUCUCAAUGAAAUGUCAGUGAAAGACGUGGACCCCAGUGUCCUCCUGUCAGAAACGAGGGAAUAUGAAGACACUGCAGCAAUACUCAAUGCACCCUAUUUCUCUUUUCUGAGAAAAGAACGAGACAUCGACCUCAUCAUCUCCCUGGACUUCAGUGAAAAAGAUCCUUUUAAGACGGUGUUCACAGCUGCUAAAAUAUGCAAAGACCUUCAGAUUCCUUUCCCUGAAGUUGUUUUACCUCCUGGAGAAAAGAAAAAACCAAAGGACUUCUAUGUGUUUAAAGACAACACCAAAGCUCCAACUGUGAUUCACAUCCCUCUUUUCAAUGAGAUCAACUGCAAAGGAGAAAUUGAGAAGUGGCGCAAAAGAUAUGCCACUAAGAGGAUGAACUACAGUCAUAAUGAUAUCAGAGAUCUUCUGGAGAAAUCUGGAUCGAACAUCAAAAGCAACAAGGAGAACCUGCUUAAGGAGAUUAGUUACAUCGUUACACAGAAGCAAUCUUUCACCAACCUUGAUUGAAUCUUAUGUAUGGAGUAAAACACUGCAGCAUGCCAAGGAAAUGUGUGGAACAUGAGUCCUUUGGCAAGUUAUAUCUGCAUGGGUAGUCAGGAAGGUCUUUCAUUUAUUAUUGAUUUAUAACCAUUUCAGCUUUGUUUUAUUUGUUGGUCUGAUAGAACCUCAAUUAUGGGUUCAAUUGUUCUUGUUUUCACUGAAACAUUAGGGUAGAAAUGUGUUUAUAUGCUCUUACAAUGCGUGGCAUGGCAGUCGUGAUAAGAAAAAUUAGCAACAAUUUACAUUUAACAACUUGUAACAAAAGAAAUCUAGAACAAAAAUAUUACUCAGCACUUAUUAGCAUCGGUUAAGGUGUAAUAACAUGUUACUGAAUGACAAUUAACUAAA